GUCAUGUGCCCGAACGCCUUCCGGGCAGCUCCAAACUCCGAGAGACCAAGAACGCAUCUCCCACUCCGAUACUUAAAAACCAUUUCCCCCCACUCCAUAGAUCGAUCGACGCCACCACCUGCAAGGGGAAGGUGGCGCACGAUAAGCUCGUAUGCCUCUCCCGGCGUCUGAAAAGUAAAAAGUGCAAAGUUAAGACUUAAAAAAGAGCAAAAAAGGGUGAGAUGGGUCAGAGACUCAGUUGCAGAGCGAGUUAUGAACAUGGGCUCUUCACUGCUGUUCAAGCUGGAGACUUGGAGAAAAUUCAUUCUUUGUUGGAGAGACACCCAAGUCUCUUGCAUCAGGCCACCGUUUAUGACAGGCACUCUGCACUUCAUGUAGCUGCUGCACACGGUCGGAUCGAGGUGCUUUCUUGGAUUUUGGAUCGAUCUGUUCAUCCCGAUAUCUUGAAUCGUCAUAAACAGACUCCACUUAUGUUGGCCGCAAUGCAUGGGAAGAUCUCCUGCGUGGAAAAGCUGCUUCAAUCAGGGGCCAAUAUUUUAAUGUUUGAUUCUCUUAACGGAAGAACCUGCUUGCACUAUGCCGCGUACUACGGGCAUUCCGACUGCCUGCAAGCUAUUCUUGCUGCUGCCCAGAUGACCCCUGUUGCCGAUUCUUGGGGAUUUGCGCGAUUUGUAAAUGUUAGAGAUGGUAAGGGAGCAACCCCAUUGCACCUAGCAGCUCGGCAGAGACGGUCUGAUUGUGUUCAUAUCUUGUUAGACAGAGGAGCACUUGUCUGUGCUUCAACGGGCGGAUAUGGCUUCCUAGGGAGCAGUCCGCUUCAUUUGGCAGCUCGGGGGGGUUCUUUGGAUUGCGUCCGUGAAUUGCUUGCGUGGGGAGCAGAUCGGCUUCAAAGAGAUUCAUCUGGGAGAAUACCUUAUAUGGUUGCUCUUAAGUAUAAGCACGGGGCAUGUGCUGCCCUGCUGAACCCAUCGUCAGCAGAGCCUCUUGUGUGGCCAUCGCCUUUGAAGUUCAUCAGCGAACUUAAUCCAGAGGCAAAGGUCCUCUUGGAGAGGGCACUUAUAGAAGCAAACGGGGAAAGGGAAAAAAGCAUUUUGAAAGGGAUGGCGUGCUCACUUCCAUCGCCUUCAUAUUCUGAUGUCAGUGUCGAUGACAAUAUGUCUGAGGAUAGUGACACGGAACUGUGCUGUAUCUGCUUUGACCAAAUGUGCACAAUUGAGGUCAGAGACUGUGGCCACCAGAUGUGUGCACAUUGCACCUUAGCUCUUUGCUGCCACAACAAGCCCAAUCCCACCACUUCAUCCUUGUCCGCCCCAGUCUGCCCAUUUUGCCGCAGCAGCAUUUCCCAAUUGGUGGUUGCCAGGGUCAAGGUGGAGAGUGACACAGACAAGGAGAUGAGUCCUUCAAAACUAAGGAGGUUGAGGAGGUCCAGAAACUUGAGUGAAGGCAGUAGCAGCUUCAAGGGCUCGUCAGCUGUGGGUUCAUUUGGGAAGGUGGGUGGCCGCAGUUCAGGGAGGGUUGCCACCGAAAGCACUGGUUGGGUCGAUAAACCUUGAUGGGUGGUGGCACAGGCAUUUUGGUACAUAUAAAAUUAUACACUCCAUUGGGCAUUCCAAAGGCAAAGGGGGAUCCAAAAUAAGUAAAAAGGUCUUUCAGGCAUGGUUUGGUAGCUUUGUUUACGUGGAUCUUAAUGUUGUAAAUUGUAAUCCCUGUUGCUUCCUUCUUUGGAUUGAAGAAGCGGUAGUCCUUCUGAAGCCUAUUCCCUGAAUAGAAGAAGAAGAAGAAGAAGAAGAAGAAGAAGAAGAAGAAGAAGAAAAGAUUUUCCUUUUGUUUUCUUUUAGGGAAAUUUAUCACCAUCUGCAGUGGAUGUUACCUUCAAUUUUUCUUUAGUUUGAAAAUAGAAAAGAAUGGGGGGAAUUGGAUGUAAUAUUGUUAUAAUAAGUCGCAGAGUAACGUCUGUAUGGCUGUUGUUUGUCAUGUGAUCAUGUCUUUAAAAUUUGUUGGUUUACCUCUU